UGAGAAUUUCUCAGUUUCACCUAAACGCUCUGUGACUUUUCCUUUCGGCUCCAACAAAUGCAGACGAUGUUAAACUCAACUCUUGCUCCAUAUUUGAUUCUGGGGGCUUACUUUGACACCAAGCAGUUAAAGUACUUAUUGUUCCUGAUUGUCUUGUGUAUGUAUAUUUUAAUAGUUGGUUCUAAUGUUGUGCUCAUUGUGGUUAUCGGGUUUAACAGGAGCUUACAUGAGCCUAUGUAUGUCUUUCUGUGUGCUCUGUGUGCCAAUCAGCUGUUUGGCAGCACCAGCCUCUUCCCGUUCCUGCUGGUCCAGAUCCUCUCUGAUGUUCACUCCGUUUCUGUCCCUUUCUGCUUCCUGCAGGUUUACUGUCUUCACACCUAUCUGAGCGUAGAGUUUUUUAACCUGACUAUCAUGUCUUAUGACCGAUACCUGGCCAUCUGUCGUCCUCUGCGGUAUCACUCCCUGAUGACGGUGAGGAAAGUCGCAGCUCUCAUUGUUGCUGAAUGGGUAACUGCCUUUUUUGGAGUCAGCAUUUACACCUCCAUGAGUUUCUCUCUGCACCGCUGCAGAAACGUAAUCGAUAAAGCCUUCUGCAAUAAUUACUCCAUUGUUCAGCUGACCUGCUCAGACACAACAAGCAAUAAUAUUUAUGGACUUGUGAGCACUGCCGUUGGAGUGGUUUGUCCAGUGAUUUUUAUUUUCUACACAUACAUGAAGAUCCUCAAAGUGUGCUACUGCGGAUCCAAAGAGACCCGGCAGAAAGCCGUCAGCACCUGCACACCUCACCUGGCCUCCAUCACUAACUUCUUCUUUGGUGUUUGUUUUGACGUUAUACAAAGCAGGUUCAGCACAAAGUAUGUUCCAAAUAUUGUAAAAAUAUUCUUGUCCCUGUACUUCCUGACAUGUCAGCCGCUGUUUAACCCUGUGAUGUACGGACUGAACCUGUCCAAGAUACGACAAACCUGGAAGAGACUUUUUUCUGUCCAAAGGAGGUGGCGCUGUGUUUUCAUCCUGACAGGACCAGAGGACCUGGGUCAGAACCCGGGUCAGAACCCAGGUCAGAACCUGGGUCAGAACCGGGGUCAGAACCCAGGUCAGAACAUGGGUCAGAACCCAGGUCUGAACCUGGGUCAGAACCCGGGUCAGAACAUGGGUCAGAACAUGGGUCAGAACCUGGGUCAGAACCCAGGUCAGAACCCAGGUCAGAACCCAGGUCAGAACAUGGGUCAGAACAUGGGUCAGAACCCAGGUCAGAACAUGGGUCAGAACAUGGGUCAGAACCUGGGUCAGAACCCAGGUCAGAACCUGGGUCAGAACCCGGGUCAGAACCUGGGUCAGAACCCGGGUCAGAACCCGGGUCAGAACCCGGGUCAGAACUCGGGUCAGAACAUGGGUCAGAACAUGGGUCAGAACCCCGGUCACAACCCGGGUCAGAACCCGGGUCAGAACAUGGGUCAGAACCCCGGUCAGAACUCGGGUCAGAACAUGGGUCAGAACAUGGGUCAGAACCCAGGUCAGAACAUGGGUCAGAACAUGGGUCAGAACCUGGGUCAGAACCCAGGUCAGAACCCAGGUCAGAACCCAGGUCAGAACAUGGGUCAGAACAUGGGUCAGAACCCAGGUCAGAACCCAGGUCAGAACCCAGGUCAGAACCCAGGUCAGAACAUGGGUCAGAACAUGGGUCAGAACCCCGGUCAGAACCCGGGUCAGAACCCGGGGACAGAGGACUUUGAGGUUUGA